AUGCGGGAGAGCAAGAGCUGGGAAAUACCACAGCUUGCUGCCCAGCAAAAUGCACCCAAGAUGAGAAAACAAUCGGUCCUGCCUCCGGACAAUGCGCCCCAGAGCCAGCCUCUUCUCGCCAGGUGUCGGGUGGCCUGGGAACACACUGGGGGGUCCCCCGCCACCUUACGUGAGCGCACUUUGCAAGGAGGCCGUCAGGAAACGGAGCGCCAACCUCCUCCUGCACCCACAGUAGCCACCCUUGACGGGCGCGUCCCGGGGGGCUUCCCCGCGGGGACAGAGCGCUCGCCAGUCGGCUCUUCCUCUUCGGGCCGCGACCGCCCCGCCCCGGCCCUCCCCUCCCCCGCCCCGGCCUGGGCCGCAGCCAAACCCCACAGGAAUGCAGCCGGUCACAUGCGCUGCGGCGGCGGCGGACGUGCCGCUCCCCCCGCGCCCCAAGGAGACCCAGCGCCAUCUUGCCCUGACGCAGUUACAAAAGUCACAGGAGCCAUCGUGUCUCCUCGUCCGCGCCAGCGCCCCAGAGUCUUGCAGAGGCCGAGCCAGGGCCCUCACCUCGCGCAGGGACAGGAGGAAAUGCCUCCCCCGACGGUUUUGGCCCCACCCGCUGCUGCAGCAUGAGGUCAUCGCUAGCCAAUCACGACGCGCCCGACAGACUACCUCAAGCGCCGAUUCGCUGCCACGACUGCCUCUGCCUCUCCCCAUUCAGUUUACCAAGCGCCCAGGGUCGCUGUGGGGCAAGAAGACGGAAACCGCCAUUUCGGGGAGCGACCCGGAAAACAAGAGCCAGAAUAGCCAUGUCACUUUAGUGGGGGAAACCCUCGUUUUAUUCUUUGGCCUACCCCCCAGUUUUCUUUCAGAUAACCGUCUCCCUGCCCCUCCCUCGUUUAAUCACCGCCACAUAAAGGAAUUCCCGCUCCCCGCCCCGCACACUGUCCCGCGAAGGGUAACUCCUUCCCCGGGGCCAAGACAAGUAUAGGAGGCAGCGACAGCGGCUGCACCGACGGCAACAGCAGCGUUUACCGCGAAACACGGUGGCAGGGAGGCGGCACGGACGAUGGCUGUGUUUCCCCAGCUGCUUCUCCCCCCGACCUCUUCCGUUUCUCGCUCCUCCAUGAGACGGC